AUGAAGCAGCAAGAAAGUUUUGGUCAGGAAUGUGGAGAAAAGAAGUUCAAGAUAACAGGAAGUGAACUGAAAUUCAAAAGUGAAAUGGAAGAUAGAUCAAAAGAACAGAAUAUAAAUGUUACAAACAAGAAAGCUCGAAAGAAAGCCAAAUUGAGUAAAUUAAUUCCUCAGGUUCAAUCUUCAGUAAAUGAUUAUGCACCAACUUCUGAUAUUAUGAGGCCUGACUACUUUCCUGAAACAGUUUCAUUCCGCAGGAUACUCACAUUCGAAGACCUUCUUCAGUAUAUCGAUCAAAUUCAACUACCAAUUCAAAUCGGUUCUGUGAUUGAUAAUCCAUUGCUUCAGUACCUGAUCACAUACAACAAAAACCGACACAUAACAGGCCAGUUUAAUUGGUGGCUCUACCACACUUGUUAUGAUGCUUUUCUAGAAAACAGUGUACCAAAUUCUGAUUAUCUGGAGGAGUUUCUGUCAAAGUUAGCAGGGUUCAUGCGUCGUGUUAAGGAAGGCACCCCAGCUAUUGAAUAUUUUCUGUGCCAGUUCCUUGAUACCUGGGAUGGAUUUCAUUUUAAUCAGUCCAUUUUUAAAUUGAUUCCACACAUCCGAAUACACACAUUUUCAGAACUCCAUCGGAUUCUGUUAGAUCCCCUGAAGAAAAUAUUUUUCCGACGUGGUACUUAUUUAAAGUGCCGGAUUCUAAUGACGCUGACAGAACUAGUCACCAAUUAUAUAAAUAAAUGGCACCAUCUUCAUUUGUUAAGGAAAUCAAAAACCACCAAGAGUGCUAUUGCAGUUGAACAUGAGUCCAGUUUCUUCCAAGGUGAUUUUGAUGAUUUUCAAGCUCAUAUUGAGUUCAAGAAACUUAUUGACUUUGUUGAUGAACUUUGCCUCCUAGGAUUACUCUGUGAGGAUGACCACUUGGUAAUGGUACAUUUCAGCCUAUGGUUCCAAGAACAAAUGCUAAGAAACGUUCUGAACACCAACUUCCCAUUAUUGACCAUUCCAUCACCAGAAUUUGUCGGUCGCCUCAUUGUCUCUAAUCAGUGCACAGUUAUUUCACGUUUGUGCCGUAUCAUCUUUGAUUACUCAAGUGUGUUCCAGAACUUAAAGAAGCUUCAGACACCCUAUAAACUUGACAAACACAUUAAAAAGUUGAAUGUCUAUGUUUUAGAUAUCUGCAAUGCUCUUUGGCGUUACAAAGCUUUUGAUACUACAGAACAAACUCCUGAUACCAUUUUGUUUGAUUUUGAUAUCUUCUCCAUACCUGGAAUUCGUAGCAAAUCUGUGAAUUCAUCUUUAUCCUUGUUACAUCAUCAAGCGUUCUUAGGACAUGCACAGUUAUACCUGAGACAGGAAAUGCCCCAGAACCGACAGCAUCCUUCAUUGAUACGAAAAAACCGGAAAGGUUAUUUCCAGUUUCUGCGUGAUCAAGAAUUGGAGGGUUUAACUGAUUUCAUCUCACGGUUCAUUGAUUCUCGGUUAGAUUUGCAAACAAAAACUGAGUGAAGAAGAAAGCUUGCACCACACCUGUCCAGUGUUUGAGUACCACUUUUUCUACUACAGUUUUAAUGCCACACAAAGCAAACUUCAGCAAUAAUUGGUUAAUUAAUUCCAAGUGCCUUACCCAUCAUGCAGUGGUUGAUCUAUUGUUAAAAUCUUACAUUGAGUUACCUGUGCAUCAAUAUCUCUAUUACCAUACUCGAACACAAUCAGUGGUCAAGUAAUUUUCCUCUUCAUAAAAUGGGAGCUGCUGUCUGGGUACUUUGAUGCAGGUAACUCAUUGUGCCCAGCCUUUCACUUUGUGCCAGUCUAGCUGAGUAUCUAAGGUGCUCAGUGAAUGGAUGAGUGUAUUUGAUUGAAAGAAUUUGAUGUAGAUUAACAAUAGAAAUUGAUGAUUGUUGAUGAAAUGCAUGAGUGUCUAUGUCCAAAGUAGGAGAGUACACAACCAACCAAAGAGGAAGGGCUCUAUGUGGUUGUAUGAUUAACAGCUGCUAGAAAUAACAACAAAAUGUCCUUCAAGUCAUAACAUCUUACCAUCUUGUAAAAUGGGAAGACUCAUUGGAUAAUGCAAAUUUUAGUUAUCUCUGAGAAAGGAAAAGACAGGUGGUCAUGGUUGGAAUACCUUUGACCAUAGGCCUACAUUGACACCAACAACUAGCUCUGCAUUACAUCUUUUGUGUAAGAUACUUAUCUCUGAACAGCCAAGUCCUCCUAGCUUCAAAUAAGCUAUUGCUGUCAGACUUGUUCAACCAGACAUACAAUCAAAGCCAUUCUAAUGGUCUUGACCACUCUUUUAAGUAGUUUUUUUUUUUUUUUUUUUUUUCAGACUAGCCAAUAUAUUCGUUUGUUUUCCUUUUAUAAGGUAAGAGGGUCUGAUUUCAGGGAGAUUCGGUUGCUAUACUUAACAAGUAUAGCUAUCUGAUUAAAUGGCAGAGCAAUAUAAUUUACCACUUUAAGUUGUAGUUGCACUGUUUUGCUGAUCACCAAUUCAUUUAUUCAAAGUAUUGCGCUCAGUAGUUCAAGUGUUGCCAUGGGAAACUGUCAAACUGUUCUGAGCAGGAUUUAAGUCUCAUUCACUUGAAUACUGCACAAAGUUAUGAUAAACACUUGUGCAGUGAACCAUGGAGGUUUGUAAAGUGUGGACUGGACUAUCUUGCGAGCCGACAAUCUUUCUGUAUUCAGAAGCAAUAAAUAAUUGUCGUAUAUUUUGGAGUCACCGUCCCUUCAGUUCCAUGAAUACCUCUCCAGUGCAACCACUCUUGUUUAACCAUUUUUCUGUGUAGAUGGUUUCACAAGACAGUGUAAUUUAAUUAGUGACUCCUAAUUUAUUUAAAAUCCUGUUUGAAUUAUGAGGGCCAUUUAAAAAAAAAAAAACAAGCACUGCAGUGACUGGUAAAACGUGGGUAUAUAGAAGAGUUGUGGGGGACAACAGGAUAGCAAUGAUGACAGGCUUGGGGAGCGAGAAAUAAGCAUAGAGGAAAUGUGAAGAAGAGAAGAGAUGUAGUUUAGUUUGUUGGGGUGGGUUGUGUGAAUGUUUUUUUAUUAUUAUUCCAGGUGGGUGGAGCACAGCACCCCCAGAACUCUUUCAGUGUAGAUGGUUUCACAACACAGUGUAGUUUGAUUAAUAACUUCUAAUUUAUUUAAAUCCUGUUGAGUAAUGAAAGCCAUUUUCAAGCAUACAUACACUGUUGUAUUUUUUGUUUUUUUCUUUUGGUAUUUUAUAUAAUUGUGUCUAAAAAUUGUGUAUUGACAAACUUAGUCAUCAACAUUUUUUCCAUUGUAUAUAUAUAUAUAUAUAUAUAUAUAUAUCCUUGUAAAUGCUAUGUACACGCACACACACACACACACACACACAUACAUAUAUACGAAGGGGUGCAGAAAAGUUCCUGGCUUUAAGGGUAUCUUACGAAAGGCCUUGAUGGAGUCCCAACCUUCUGUGUUCUUUAACAGGGCUUAGAAAAACUGAAGGUCUGCUGCAAUAAGUGUGUGAAUCUGAGUUAAAUAAAAUCGUAAUUAACUGAUCUGCCUGCAUUUUCUUUUACCCAAAGUCAAGAACUUUUACCCAAGUCAGGAAGCGCUAAGACAUAAAAACUUUGCCUGCAGACAGCUGCAGGAGUUGAACCUGUGCCCCUCAGAUACCAGCUGAGUGGCUCACUAAACUGAGUACACAUUAAACUAAAUGGCUCCUGACAACAAUUACUGUAAAUUUUAAUGCUACAUCAGUUUUUCAAAUGUGACAACAUUUCAUAAACAGACUUUGGAAGUGCUGAAUGUAUUGGUAUUUUACAGGCAAGAAAGUAAAUUUCAAAAGCAGUGAAACUGUAAGAACAGCAGAGAAAGAUUGAUAACAAUCAUAAAUCAUGAUGAAUAAUGAUAACCAUUUAAAACCCACAUAUACCAUCAGAUUCACUUUUCAGGCAUUUCUAAGGUAUCCUAUGACUUAAACUGUGUUAGUGACCUGCUUGCGUAUCUCUGACAAAAUGUUUUGACAUUAUUUAAGUCCACACAGUUCUAAGUGGGUAGCCCUACGAAGGACAGGUCUUCCAUCCAAGGCGAAUGUUGGUCUGCCUGCUUAGGCAUCAUUCAAAUGCUACAAUAAUACAUAGAAAUGCAUUGUGACUAGCAAUCUAUAACAACAUCCAACAAUUUGGUUGACGUGUGUAUGAAUACAGUAAUGCCUUCAUAUACAAGUUGAUUUGUUCCUGGAGACCACUCGUAAAGCAGAGCAAUAAUUUCCCAUUGUAGCAAUGUUAUAAAUCGUAAUUUGUUCCCAGAAAAAUAUUUUACCAAUAAAAUUUAUAAUACUCGUAAAUAAAUGGCAAUAAAACAACAGUAGAAUGUAAAGAAUAUUUUAUGUAAUGUAAAAAGAAUGUUAAGUUCAUUUAUGAUAAAAAGUAUUCUUGUUAUAAUCAUUUCCUGAAUCACUUUCACUCGCAUUAGAUUUGCACACUCUCUGAGUGGUUGGCGUUAGGAAGGGCAUCCAGCUGUAGAAACUCUGCCAAAUUAGAUUGGAGCCUGGUGUUGCCAUCCGGUUUCACCAGUCCUCAGUCAAAUUGUCCAACCCAUGCUAGCAUGGAAAGCGGACGUUAAACGAUGAUGAUGAUGAUCGGAGUACAAUGAUGGCAUAAACCUGCAGUGUUUUACUUUGUGCAUGCUCUUUGUUGAGAGAGAUUAUUACAUGCUUAUUCUUCGUGCCACAUAUUUCAUAUUGUAUACAUGUAUUUGCGGAGGCGCAAUGGCCCAGUGGUUAGAGCAGUGGAUUCGCGGUCGGAGGAUCGUGGUUUCGAUUCCCAGACCGAGCGUUGUGUGUGUAUAUUGAGCGAAAACACCUGAAGCUCCAUGAGGCUCCGGCAGGGGGUAGUGGCAACCCCUGUUGUAUUCUUUCGCCCCAACUUUCUCUCAUUCUUUCUUCCUGCUUCUUGAGUAACGCUGCGAUGGACUGGCGUCCCGUUCAGCUGGGGGGAACACAUAUGCCAUAGAAACUUGGGAAACCGGGCCCAUGAGCCUGGCUAGGCUUUAAAAGGGGCGCAUAAAUAAAUAAAAUACAUGUAUUUACACUAUUAUUUUCGGCAUAUUUUAAACUCACCCAAUUUGACUAAACAGAAGUGUACAACAGGCACCGACAGGAACAAAAAAAACAAAACAAACACAAAGCCAUCACUUUGGUAACAAAGUAUGAAAUUGUAAUAAUGCAUGAUGGCAGUACAACUGUGAAAAACAUUUGUGACAAAUUUUCACUUAACUCGUCAACUGUCUGCACAAUUCUCUAAGAAAAAUUUAAAUAAUUAUCUCUGAUUAGAAAUGUGCAGCCUUUGGUAUCAACCAGGGCUUAUAAAGGAGAUGCCAGCGGCAUUAUUCUGGAAAUGGAGAAACUUCUAAAUGCAUGGAUAAGUGACAAAACACAACACAUGUAUAUGAAUGUCAAUCAAGGGUCAAUUUGUAGUAAAGCAUUGUCUCUUCAGUUUGCUUUAAGAAACAAAAAGUGACAGAAAGGAAACUUUUGUUGCAAACACAGGAUGGUUUGAUUGAUUUAAAAAUCAACAUGGGUGGCAUUCUGUCAAAGUACAAGGAGAAGUGUCAAGUGCUUAUGUCAAUGCAGCAAAAAAAUUUCCAGAAACAUUGGCAGAAAUAAUUGAAAUGUGGGUCUACAUGCAACAACUGAUUUUUAAUGAUGAUGAAACAAGACUUUUCUGGAAAUAUUGCUAAUGGAGAAUAUGUACUGCCAUGUUUUUAAAGUUGCAAAAUAUCAACUGACAUUAUUAUUUGGAGGAAUUGCAUCUGGGGAAUUAAAAUUAAAACCAAUGCUAGUUUAUCAAGUGGAAAAUACUUGUAUACAAUAUGAAAUAUGUGACAUGAAGAAUUAGCUUAUAAUAAUCUCUCUCAACAAAGAACACACACAAAGUAAAACAUUGAAACUUUUAUGCCAACAUUUUACUCCAAUGCUAUAUUCUGCUGUGUAGACGCAUCAGAAUCAGUGUUGCUACAGACACAAAAAGGCUGUUUAACCUUUUAAUAUUUAUUAUAAAAUAAAACUUGUAAACCUGGGGUCUUGUAACGCGGGUCCUCAGAAAGUAGAGUAUUCUUUUCUACUCUAGGCACAAGGCCCAAAAUUUUGUGGGAGGGUGCCAGUCGAUUAGAUCGACCCCAGUACGUAACUGGUACUUAAUUUAUUGACCCCCGAAAGGAUGAAAGGCAAAAUCGACCUUGGCGGAAUUUGAACUCAGAACGUAAAGACAGACGAAAUACUGCUAAGCAUUUUGCCUGCUGUGCUAACGUUUCUGCCAGCUUUUAUAAAGUGAAGUAUUACUGUAUAUGUUUAUUUGUAUAUACUUAUGUGUUUAUAUGACCAUAUUUGGUGUUUAUUUACACACGUGUGCAUUUUUGCAUAAAAUCCAAUAAAGAUUAUAUAAAAAAAAAAUAACUGAAAAUUUAUCAAAAACAUUGAA